AUAAGCCAGGGUCUGUAUGGUGAUGGUGGUGAUACGUGAAGUGAUGAUGAUGAAGAUGAUGAUGAUGAUGAUGGUGAUGAUGAUGAUGAUGGUGAAACAACGAAGUCAACAGGCUAGUGUGGUGGUGGCGGCGUCGUGAUGUGAGCCUGCUGGGUGACCUACCACACUACCACGCUACCACACUAUAAUUACCAUGGACGGAGAGAAUAGAAUCAUUCUUAACGUGGGAGGCAUAAGGUUCGAGACAUACAAGGCGACUCUCAAGAAAAUACCUGCCACUCGCCUCUCCCGACUGACGGAGGCGUUGGCGAACUACGACCCUGUUCUCAAUGAGUACUUCUUCGACAGGCACCCAGGAGUCUUCGCCCAGAUCCUCAACUAUUACAGGACCGGGAAGCUACACUACCCAACCAACGUGUGUGGUCCGCUGUUCGAGGAGGAGCUUGAGUUCUGGGGCCUCGACUCAAACCAGGUGGAGCCGUGUUGCUGGAUGACCUACACCAUCCACCGUGACACUCAGGCCACGUUAGCAAUCCUGGACAAACUAGAUGUAGACACAGACAAACCUUCCGAGGAGGAGAUCGCUAGAAAGUUUGGUUACGAGGAUAGUUACCUGAACGGCCGAGUUACCUGGUGGCAGCGGACCAGACCCAAGAUUUGGUCUUUGUUUGACGAGCCUUACUCUUCCUGGAUGGCUAAGGUGAUCGCGAUGCUGUCAGUCUUCUUCAUCGUGGUGUCGAUCCUGUCCUUCUGCCUCAAGACUCACCCCAAUAUGCGUGUUCCUGUUAUCGUCAACGUUACCGUCAGCGGCCUCUCCCAGAACGGUACCAACGUCACCUACUGGUACCUUAACAAAGACAGGACGGACCCCCACGACGCCUUCUUCUACGUGGAGGCUGCCUGUAACGCCUGGUUCACCUUCGAGAUCCUAAUGCGCUUCACCGUCACGCCGAUGAAGUUGGAGUUUGUUAAGAACACCAUCAACAUUAUUGACUUCGUGGCCACCUUAAGCUUCUAUAUGGAUAUUAUUCUCAACCAGACACAGUUCGCUGGUAAAGAGGACAACGCGGGUAAGGCAGCUGAAGUGAUCGAGUUCUUCAGUAUCAUCAGAAUAUUGCGGCUCUUCAAACUAACGAGACACUCUGGCGGCCUCAAGAUCCUCAUACACACGUUCAAGGCGUCGGCCAAGGAACUCACUCUUCUCGUCUUCUUCCUCGUUCUCGGUAUCGUUAUCUUCGCCAGCCUCGUCUACUACGCCGAGAGAUUACAGACCCUCUUCCCGUUUUCUGUGAAGGCCAACCCACACAACGACUUCAAGAGCAUCCCGGAGGGCCUCUGGUGGGCCAUCGUCACCAUGACAACAGUGGGCUACGGAGACAUGGUGCCGAAGACCUACGUGGGCAUGUUCGUGGGUGCCCUGUGUGCCCUAGCUGGGGUGCUCACCAUCUCCCUGCCGGUGCCCGUCAUUGUGUCCAACUUCUCAAUGUUUUAUAGCCAUACGCAGGCGAGAUCCAAGUUACCGAAGAAGCGGCGGCGUGUGUUACCGGUGGAGCAGCCGAGGAGAGCAGCCAGGCAGCCGAGGAUAGAGGGAGGACUCAACAGACGGAUGAACGCCAUCAAACAUCACCAUCAAGCUGGGCUCAAAGACGGCAUCACUCCUAAGCUGACGGGUGCCAUGGAUAACCUUCUGGCAGGCACGUUGAACGGGUAUGGGCAGGUGGGUGGAAUUAAAGCCCUCGGCCUGUACACUACAGGCCAGAGCGGGUUCACUAUGCCGCUGCAGGCCAGACCGCCAACAGGUUAUGAUAUAUACCCCAUCCUCCCAGCCUACCAGCCACCCCUGCAGGCUCGUGCACCUACAGGAUGUGACUCCUACUACAGCAGCUCGCCCACGCCCCUGCACCCGCCCGCCCUGGACUCUGCGGGCGGGGUCACCCUCACCAAGAACAGCCGGGGGGAGAGAGAGUCGAUCACCCUCCUACAGCCUCGGUCAGCCACCUUCAGUUCAGGCAGCACAGGACUGUCACGAAGGACGUCCUCGGGAUCAGCGCUCACCGCCCGAGGUAUGGCAUCCUUGUGUGAGUCCCUGGCGUCCCCGGGAGCCUACAUCGCGUCCACACUGGGCAUCAUGGCGUCCUCAAGCUCAGAUCCGUCCGUCGCCAACACCACCACUGAAUACGAAGGCAAACUGGAGUCCAAGGCUUCUCAAGGUCUCCUGUUCGAUACCCAGGCGGCCCUCGGAGUGGUCGGCAUGAUGUUCCCAAGGGCGCCCCCGACCUAUGUGAGGUCCUCUGAGGCCAUCGUGUCCACCAACAACAUCAAGAACAACAACAACAACAACAGCGGGAACAUGACCACCGCAGAUGUAGAGAGAGAAGAGAUGAGUAUGAAUAAGUAUCCCGGCGAGGGUGACAGCAGACGCCCACCACCGCCGCCCAUACGUAUCGAGACGGUGGUCACCCCAGACGACCCCUCGACGACCCAACCUCAAGUGACACUCGUCGUACCUCACAGUUCGUCCGUCUCACCCAUUGCUCACGCCAGCAUACCGUGAGACGACCUCAACGACCAGAGGAUCACCAGCCGCUGUGGGUCGUCCCGUCUGGUCAGUAUGGUAGAGUUGAAGAAGAUCUGGGAGCUCGUCGCCUCGCUUCAUGGGUCGUCCAACGUGAUUAAUGUUAAUUGUGAGAAGUCGUAUUUCACCCAAGACUUCCUCUCCUCGCCCUACAGGUCGUCCAGUGUGGGUAAAGUCUUCGGUCCUAUGACGACCUUACAUCAGGAGCUCCUUGCCUCGCCCAGUGGGUCGUCCAGCUUGGCUAAAGUCGUGUCUCAGAGGACGACCCUGUCCCAGGAACUCGUCGCCUCGCCUACAGGGUCGUCCACCACCGUCCUCCCCGCUGUUCAUCGCUCGAGGGAAUAUUUUACCCGAAUAGAUUCUCUGUGUUAAGUCAGGCCGUGCCUCGCCUCAUGCUCACUGUGAUCACUGACUCAACCUGCACGUACUGUGAUCACUGACUCAACCUGCACGUACUGUGAUCACUGACUCAAUCUACGCGUCCUGUUAUCACUGACUCAACCUGCACGUACUGUGAUCACUGACUCAAUCUACGCGUCCUGUGAUCACUGACUCACCUGCGCGUCCUGGGCUCGAGGCCUCACAGGGGUGCAUUGAACUGCAUUUGUUGUAUAUUAAGUACAGAAUCAUGAGUGCGUAUUCGUGUGUAUAUGUACGUACGUGUGUUUGUGUGUCCAGAAGCACUUCCCGAGCGUAAACCAAACCAGACCUUGAGACUGUGAGUAUCAUCAUCACCAGACACCAGCAGCUUCCACGGUACUACAGUCCUCGAGAUAUGGUGUAUAGUGGAUGGUGUGUUUCCCUGAGUCAGAGAAGGACCACCACACACCAUAACACCAUCUCACUUUGUUAUCCUAAAUAUAUUGUACUACAGUGACCAACAGCCCUGUCUCACCCUACGCCAGAUGAGCUUGUUCACUAAUCUCUUUUCGUAUUGGUGGGAUUAAAGAAUAAAUCUCCCUAAACUCCCCAGAGAUAAAUGACUUUUAUUAUUAUCAUGGCCGGAGUGUAUGAGAGUGAAGGGACCCUGAGUGUAGUUCUCCCGGGUGUGUUUGUGCCUUGCAGUGAUGUAGUUAGUUUGUCAAUGUCACUUUGAGCUACGGGAGAAGAAGAGUCGGGGGAGGCGGCGACGGUGGUAGUGGUGACGGUGGUAGUGGUGACGGUAGUGGUGACGGUGGUGUGGUGACGACGGUAGUGGUGAC